CGACAGCGGGUUGUGCAUUUUACAGGCCAUCGAGCAGUGUUGCCUGGCCAAAUGACAUAAGGCAUGGAGGUAGACAGCGUCCAUACAUUCCUAAGAUUAUGAGUGUUGGGUCCACUACCUGAAGGCUUGGUUUGAUGUUUGCUGUGCAGGCCCAUUUCAACGGCCCAAGCAUGGCCAGUUCCGGGCAUCGAGAUGGUGUGAUGGGAGCGCUGCCAUUGCUGGACGAAAAUUUUGGGUGGAAGCGCACAGCGAUUCUGACGUUGAGAAGUGAGUUGUGGAAAAAAAAGAGCGUUAAUGGCCCUGCUCGUUGGGGUCCCGCAUCUUCCUCCGCUGCAGGAAGCUCCACGUCGGCCACUCAAGUCCAUAUUAUCACCAAGAUCAAGCACCGUCCUCGACACCGCAAACCACCCAAACGUUUCCAUCCCGACAGCAACCCCCAAAACAAACCGAUUUCCACCAUGGACCCCUACUCCGCCGAAGGCGAGCUAAUCAACAUCCACAACCACUUCCACCAGGGCCAGUACCAGGAAGUGGUCGACUUCGACGUGUCGGCCCUCUCGCCCGAGAACGCCCUGCCCGCGCGCGUGCUGCAGCUGCGCGCCCGCGUCGCCUUGGGCCAGGCCGAGGACGUGCUGGCCGACGUGCAGGGCGCGCCAGAACCCGAGCUGCAGGCCGUCGGCGCGCUGGCCGAGCAGGCGCUGGGCAAUGCCGAGAAGGCCGUUGAGACGGUUGAAACACUCGCGCAGGGUAGCGCUGCGGACAACGCCACGGUGCAGAUCGUGGGCGGCACCGUGCUGCAGGCGGCGGGCAAGUCAGAGGAGGCGCUUGCGCUGUUGGGGAGGCAUCAAGGGAAUUUGGAUGCUGUUGCGCUUAUUGUCCAGAUUCAUCUUCAACAGAACAGGAAUGAUCUCGCUCUCAAGGAGGUCGCUGCCGCUCGGCGGUGGGCUCAGGAUAGCCUGCUGGUGAACUUUGCAGAGUCGUGGGUGGGGUUGAGGCUGGGUGGCGAGAAAUACCAGCAAGCGUUUUACGUUUUUGAGGAGCUGGCACAAGCGCCCGCGACAUCAUCAGUACGGACCCUGGUUGCCCAGGCAGUCGCGGAACUGCAUCUAGGCCGGACAGAGGAGGCACAGGCAGCGCUGAACCAGGCGAUGAAGAAGGAGCCCGAGUACGCCGAGGCCAUUGCGAAUCUCCUGGUGCUUAACGUAAUCAUCGGGAAGAGCCCGGAGGAGCUGACAAGCGCUCUCCAAAAGGCCAACCCCGAGCAUCCGUUUUUGACGGACUUGGCUGAGAAGAGCGACCUCUUUGACAGGGCCGCCACGAAGUACAAAGCCAGGGUGGCUGCAUAGGCGGUUUCUCAUGAUCGUUUACGAGAAAUGAUAUUCACAAAACAAUUACACGGGAGCAUGGGAUAGACAGGUCGAUCCAGCACAGAGGAUUUGCACAACAGCGGCGUGAAUAGGGGCUGGCUGGCCCGCUGCUCUCUUGCUCAUAUGAUGCCUGGUGCUCGGUUGCGACUCGAG